AUGAAGGUUCUGAUAGUUUUUGUUGCGGUCGUGGCUGCAAACAGUUUGUCCCUGGAGGACCUGGAGUUCAAUGCUUGGAAAUUAAAGUUUGGCAAGAUCUAUGAGUCUAUUAAGGAGGAAACUCAGCGUAAAAACACCUGGCUGGAGAAUCGCAAGUAUGUCCUGCUUCACAACAUGCAGGCCGACCAGGGGAUCAAGAGCUACAGACUUGAGAUGAACAUAUUUGCAGACAUGGACAACCAGGAAUUCCGACAUGUUGUGCUAGAUGGGUGCCUGCACUCGUUCAACCAGACCAAGGGACACGGUGCAGCUACAUUCCACCGACAGGCAGUGGGCGCUGCUGUACCGAGCUCUGUAGACUGGAGGGCAAAGGGCUACGUGACCGAGGUCAAGGACCAACAGCAGUGUGCCUCCAGCUGGGCAUUUAGUGCGACAGGGGCACUAGAGGGUCAGAUGUUCAAGUAUACUGGGAAACUGGUGUCACUCAGCGAGCAGCAGCUGGUUGACUGCUCCCAGUUUUUCGGGAACAAAGGCUGUAAAGGAGGCUGGAUGGACGCGGCUUUUUUAUAUGUCAUUUUCAACUUCGGACUGGACACGGAGUCGUCCUAUCCUUACGAGGCCAGGGAUAACCUGUGCAGGUACAACAACCUUACGACUGGUGCUACCUGCUCUGGUUACGUAGACAUAAUCAGUGGCGACGAGGAAGCUCUACAGGAAGCCGUGGCGUCCGUCGGACCCGUUUCUGCCGCCAUAGACGCAGGCCACCAAUCCUUCCAGCUCUAUAGCUCAGGAAUCUACUAUGAGCCUGCGUGUAGCAGCAGCGAGCUGGAUCACUGUGUCUUAAUUGUUGGCUAUGACAGUUAUUACUGGCUGGUCAAGAACAGCUGGGGUGUCGACUGGGGUGAGAAGGGCUACAUCAGGAUGGCCAGGAACAGAAAUAACCAGUGUGGAAUUGCCACAUUAGCCAGCUAUCCUCUGGUGGCGCAGAGACAUACAGAUACACAGGACGUAACACGGGGCAGAAUGAAGACUUUGAUUGUUUUUGCUGCGGUCGUGGUCGUGGCCACUGCUAAAAGUUUGUCCCUGGAGGACCUGGAGUUCAAUGCCUGGAAAUUAAAGUUUGGCAAGAUCUAUGAGUCUAUUAAGGAGGAAACUCAGCGUAAAAACACCUGGCUGGAGAAUCGCAAGUAUGUCCUGCUUCACAACAUGCAGGCCGACCAGGGGAUCAAGAGCUACAGACUUGAGAUGAACAUAUUUGCAGACAUGGACAACCAGGAAUUCCGACAUGUUGUGCUAAAUGGGUGCCUGCACUCGUUCAACCAGACCAAGGGACACGGUGGAGCUACAUUCCACCGACAGGCAGUGGGCGCUGCUGUACCGAGCUCUGUAGACUGGAGGGCAAAGGGCUACGUGACCGACGUCAAGGACCAACAGCAGUGUGGCUCCUGCUGGGCAUUUAGUGCGACAGGGGCACUAGAGGGUCAGAUGUUCAAGUAUACUGGGAAACUGGUGUCACUCAGCGAGCAGCAGCUGGUUGACUGCUCCCAGUUUUUCGGGAACUAUGGCUGUAACGGAGGCUGGAUGGACGCGGCUUUUUUAUAUGUCAUUUUCAACUUCGGACUGGACACGGAGUCGUCCUAUCCUUACGAGGCCAGGGAUAACCUGUGCAGGUACAACCCCAAUACGGUGGGUACUACCUGCUCUGGUUACGUAGACAUAGACAGUGGCGACGAGGAAGCUCUACAGGAAGCCGUGGCGUCCAUCGGACCUGUUUCUGUCGCCAUAGACGCAGGCCACCAAUCCUUCCAGCUCUAUAGCUCAGGAAUCUACUAUGAGCCUGCGUGUAGCAGCAGCCAGCUCGAUCACGGUGUCUUGGCUGUUGGCUAUGACAGUUAUUACGGGCAGGACUACUGGCUGGUCAAGAACAGCUGGGGUGUCGGCUGGGGUGAGGAGGGCUACAUCAGGAUGGCCAGGAACAGAAAUAACCAGUGUGGAAUUGCCACAUCAGCCAGCUAUCCUCUGUCAAAAGAUCAUCUGAUGAGGGUUUUUAUUCUUAUUGCCGCCGUUGUGGCUUUGGGCAGUGCAGCCAGCAUCUCUCUAGAAGACCUGGAAUUCCACUCCUGGAAACUCAAAUUCGGUAAGAGCUACAGCUCUAUUAAGGAGGAAUCUCAGCGUAAGAUCACAUGGAUUGCCAAUCGCAAAUAUGUCCUGGUCCACAACAUGUUAGCUGACCAGGGAAUCAAGAACUACAGACUUGGCAUGACCUUCUUUGCUGACAUGGAUAACCAGGAGUACAGACAGGCUGUCUCCAUGGGCUGCCUGGGUGCCUUCAACAGGACCAAGGGACACAGUGGAGUGACGUUCCUGAGACAAGCAGGAGGUGCUGUUCUUCCAAACACCGUAGACUGGAGGGACAAAGGCUACGUGACUGACAUCAAGGACCAGAAGGAUUGUGGCUCAUGCUGGGCUUUCAGUGCGACGGGGUCCCUGGAAGGUCAGAACUUCAGAAAGACCGGAAAGCUGGUGUCUCUGAGCGAGCAGCAGUUGGUGGACUGCUCCACUUCCUACGGCAAUAUGGGAUGCGGGGGCGGCCUGAUGGACUACGCCUUCAAGUACAUCAAGGACAACAAGGGAAUCGACACUGAGGAGUCCUACCCCUACGAAGCCACAGACGGAGACUGCAGGUUCAAUACGGCCACGGUGGGCGCCACCUGCACUGGGUACGUGGACAUCACCAGCGAAGACGAGAACGCCCUGCAGGAAGCCGUGGCCACCAUCGGACCCAUUUCUGUCGCCAUCGACGCCGGCCAUGAGUCCUUCCAGCUCUACGAGUCAGGUAUCUACGAUGAGCCUGAUUGUAGCAGCACUGAACUGGAUCAUGGCGUACUAGCUGUUGGUUAUGGUACAGACAAUGGAAAGGACUACUGGCUGGUAAAGAACAGCUGGGGACUUGACUGGGGUACCAAAGGAUACAUCAAAAUGUCCAUGAAAAAGAAUAACCAGUGUGGAAUUGCCACAGCUGCCAGCUACCCACUGGUCUAAAGGUGGACACGCCAAAGAUCUGCAAUCCACAGUGACAACUUGACCUGUUGAAAUGUGUGUACACAAAGAAAUUUAAAGACCGCUCCGAAAACCCUACUACUGUAGUUCAAGGAUUAUAAUUUUCUGCUGAGUGGGUGAGAGCAUGUUGGGAAUAUUUAAAUGAAGGUGAACAGGACAAUAAUUAAAU